AUGAAGCCUUAUUACGGUCUGACGGGCUUCAAGCUCAAUGUCGCCAUUGCUAUCAUCGCAGGCACCGAUUUCGCCCUUUUCGGCUAUGAUCAGGGUGUUAUGGGAGGAUUACUUACCCUUCCAUCAUUCUUGAGAUAUUUUCCGGAGAUAGAUACGGUCAGAGGGGGACCUCACGCUUCGAAUAUACAAGGUAUGUUACUCAUCAGACGAAUCACCGUUGGUGGUUACACACUGGGAUGCUUCUUCGGUGCUGUGGCCACGAUCUGGCUUGGAAAUGUACUUGGUCGCAAAAGGACCAUCUUCCUUGGAUCGUGCAUCAUGAUUGUCGGGGCAGCGAUUCAAGCUGCGUCAUUCAGUCUGCCUCAGCUCAUAGUAUCGAGAUGGAUUACUGGUUUUGGCAAUGGGAUGAACACUUCUACUGUGCCAACAUGGCAAUCCGAGACCUCCAAGGCGCAUCGUCGCGGCCAAAUGGUCAUGAUCGAAGGAUCACUAAUCGUUUUUGGUGUCAUGCUGUCUUAUUGGAUAGAUCUUGGUUUCUCGUUCCUCGAGCCUUCGUCUCUUUCAUGGCGCUUCCCAAUCGCUUUCCAGAUUGUAAUGGCCCUAUUCAUCGUUAUACUACUUCCAGGACUGCCUGAGUCUCCCCGAUGGCUUAUUCUGAAAGGUCGCGACGACGAAGCCGUUCGAGUGCUUUGUGCUCUUUCCCAGCUACCGCCGGAAGACCCGAAAGUCCAGAGUGAUUAUAGAGCCAUGAGAGAUGUCGUUGAAGAAAUGAGCAGAGGCACUUUCGCUGACUGUUUCAAGCGUAACAAGAAUAGAAAUUUACACAGAACCAUCCUGGCUUACGUUAAUCAAAUGUUCCAGCAAAUUUCGGGGAUCAAUAUCAUCACAUAUUACGCUGCAACCAUCUUCGAGAACAACAUCGGAAUGAGUGGUUUCACGAGCAGACUGUUGGCAGCUCUCAACGGAACCGAGUAUUUCAUUGCUUCCUGGAUCGCUAUCUUUACCAUUGAGAAAUACGGGCGACGGAAGCUCAUGCUCUUUGGUGCUAUUGGCCAAGCACUGUCUAUGGCAGUUCUCGCCGGAACCACCUCGAAUGUCAGUCAUGCAUCUGGAAUUGCCGCCGCUGUGUUCUUAUUUGUGUUCAAUUCCUUCUUCGCAAUUGGCUGGCUAGGCAUGACCUGGCUCUAUCCAGCAGAGAUCACCCCUCUGGAGAUAAGAGCGCCAGCGAACGCCAUAGCGACAACGGCAAAUUGGAUUUUCAAUUUCAUGGUGGUCAUGGUGACACCCGUCGCAUUUGCCAACAUACAAUGGCGCACAUACGUAGUAUUCGCAGUGAUCAAUGCUUUCAUGGUUCCCUGCGUUUACUUUUGCUUCCCCGAGACUGCAGGGAGAAGCUUAGAAGAGAUGGAUGAGAUAUUUCACGACGUACAUGGCUUCAAAGGCACGUUUGGUGUCGUACGGGUGGCCAAGCACAAGCCCAGAAGAUACGGUAAGAAGGGAGAGCUACUCAUCAACUACGAGGAAACUCCAGAAGCGCAACUUGCUAUGCGACGCAGGUCGAGUGUUGCAGACCCUGAAAAGGCGGAGACGGAACAUGUGAGCGGUUCAACCGGCGACAGCCAGGAGCUUUCUUGA